CUCUGACUUCCAGCAGUGACCCUGGCUGUCCCUUGCUCAUAACACUUCCUAGCUUCCUGUCACCUCUAGGACAGAGUCCCAAAGCUCCAGCCUGGCUUUUGAGGCCCUGUGUGGUCUGACCCCUGCUGACAACUUCAGGCUCCUAGCCCAGCACUUCCUGCUAGCACUCUGCGCUGUAGCACAGCUCAUGCAGUUACACUCAUUCAACAUUUAUGGAGUAGUAUCUCAAUGAGGAUGCAUGUAACUGCAGGUAAUAGAAAACCAAACUCAGGACUGGGUGUCGUGGCUCACGCCUAUAAUCCCAGCACUUUGGAGGCCGAGGAGCCCUCCUUAUGGACCUGGAGACCCCAGAGGAGAUGCAGGCUCGGAGCCUGGGCAGGCCCAUCAAAUCCUCAAAGCAGUACCUGCGGCAGGUCAUUGCAGACUACAAGGCACUGGACCGAGAACUCCCGUGCAUCCGGAAGUUCCCCACACCACCAGCUGUCCAGCCCCUCUGCCUCUGCAUGGAGACCUUGCCCGAGGAGGAUUUUACCCACCUGGAGGUGCUGCAAGCGCUGGAGGCCCAGUUACCGGGGGCCAUGGAGAGCGGGCGCGUGAGCAGCAUCCGCUUUGAGAACAUGAACGUCAUCUGUGGGACUGCUGGCCGCCGGAACCGGUGGCUCAUUGCGGCCACGGACUUCCAGACGCGCUCACGCUUGCUGCGCUCCGGGCUCAGUCCCCGCGGGCUUGCGCACCAGCUAGUGCGCCACGACGACCUCCUGCUGGGCGACUACCGCCUGCACCUGCGCCGCUCCCUGGUCCGGCGGCGCAUGCUCGAGGCCCUGGGGGCGGAGCCUAACGACGAGGCCUGACGCCCGGGCCGGCCCCGACAGCGCUUGCGCACCGCCCCGCGGGCUGGGACCACCCACCCGGAGCCCCGGAGGAUAGG